CUCACACACACGUUAUGUGCGUCGCUCUUACUCAUAUGACUUGUAUGUCAUGUUAUGUUUUAGUUAACGAUGUUCAUAUCCGACUCGCUUACGUGUGUUUUUGUGAAGCGCUAUAACAGACAUGCCUGUAGACCAAUCAGCUUGCAGAACGGGGUUUGAUUGGCACCUCCUGUAGCCGUGCUGUGGGGGGAAGGAGGCUGGUGAUGCCGCCAUCUUGAAAAGCGCCGUCUUGAUGGUGGAGCGAUCUGUGUUUUUGGCGCCUGUCAGAAUCUGUUGUUAUCGUCAACAGUUUAUUUUCUCACCGCCACCUUUAUGUGUACUUUUUUAUUUUUGGUCACACUUUUAUAUCAAGAGGUUUUCCGGAGCUUCAUGUCGGGAUCUUAAUCGGUGUGUGUUGAGGUGUGUUGUCCUUCAGCAUCUCUCUCUUUUGAACCCACAGUGCCUGGAAUGGGCCAGAAGUCCCAAAGAGCUCCAGCAUUCUUUUCUUUUUAAUCAGAUUUUUUUUACACUCUGAGCUCUGUCACGCUCAGAAGCACCAUGUUUUGGAAGUUUGACCUUCACACAACCUCCCACAUUGACACGCUCCUGGACAAAGAGGACGUGACCCUGAGGGAGGUGAUGGAUGAGGAGGAUGUACUACAGGAGUGUAAAGCUCAGAACCACAAGCUGGUGGAUUUCCUGAUCAGAUCUCAGUGCAUGGAGGACCUGGUGGGAUUCAUCACACAGGAGCCCAGUGACAAUGUUGAGGAGAAAAUCAAAUACAAGUACCCAAACAUAUCCUGCGAACUUCUGACCUCAGAUGUUGGGCAGAUCAACGACCGGUUAGGGGAGGAUGAGAGUUUACUUGUGAAACUGUAUGGGUUCCUGCAGAACGAGCCGCCACUCAACCCUCUGCUUGCCAGCUUCUUCAGUAAAGUACUGAGCAUCCUCAUUGGCAGAAAGCCAGAGCAGAUUGUGGAGUUCUUGAGAAAGAGAGAAGACUUUGUGGAUCUGAUGAUUAAGCACAUAGGAACCUCAGCCAUUAUGGACCUGCUGCUCAGGAUGCUCACAUGCAUCGAACCUCAGCAGCUCAGACAAGAUGUUUUAAACUGGCUGAAUGAGGAGAAGGUGAUCCAGCGCCUGGUGGACAUGGUACAGCCCUCCCAGGACGAGGAUAGGCACUCGAAUGCGUCUCAGUCUCUGUGUGAGAUCAUUCGCCUGAGCAGAGAUCAGAUGUUCCAGGUGCAGGGUUCCUCAGAGCCGGACCCUCUGCUCGCCACACUGGAGAAACAAGAGACCGUUGAGCAGCUGCUGUCUAAUAUCUUUGACAAAGAGAAGAAUGAAUCUGCAAUAGUCAGUGUGAUCCAGAUCCUCCUCACGCUCUUUGAGACACGGAGACCAGCGUUUGAGGGUCACUUGGAUCUUUGUCCUCCUGGAAUGAACCACCCGUCUUUCUCUGUUAAUCAGAGCAUCCUGGAGGCGGUCAGACCGAGGCUGAAAGAUUUCCAUCAGCUUCUCUUGGAUCCUCCAAAGAAAACAGUGUUGAAGACGACGUGGGGCGUUUUGGACCCGCCGGUGGGAAACACACGCCUCAAUGUGGUGAGACUGGUGGCCAGCCUUCUACAGACCAACACACACCUCAUCAACCAGGAACUUAUCAACCUCAACAUGCUGGGAAUCAUCCUUGAUAUGUAUUUCAAAUACAUUUGGAAUAACUUCCUGCACAUACAAGUAGAAAUCUGUAUAGCGAUGAUCUUAGCGAUGCCUCCGACCCACAACGACUCCGAGAUCAACAGAGACGACGAUCAGGAGCCGGUUCGAGAAAACAUCCUUAUUACACACCUGUUUCAGAAGUGUCGGGUGGUGCAGAGAAUCCUGGAGGCCUGGAGCUCCAACGAGAAAGAGCAGGCUGAAGGAGGCCGUAGAAGAGGUUAUAUGGGACAUCUCACCAGAAUUGCUAACUCUAUAGUGCACAACAGUGAUAAGGGGCCGAACGGAGCUCAGAUUCAGCAGCUCAUCGCAGAGCUCCAGGAGGAUGAGCGGGAAAGUUGGGAGGCCUUCACCUCAGGACAGUUAGCAGACACAAACAAGAAAAACACUGUAGAUUUAGUUAACACGCAUCACAUUCACUCCUCCAGUGACGAUGAGGGGGACUUUAAAGACAGCGGCUUUCACCACGACUCGUCUCUGCAGCAGGCCUUUUCUGAUUAUCAGAUGCAACAAAUGACGUCCAAUUUUAUUGAGCAGUUCGGCUUCAAUGACGAAGAGUUUGCGGAUCAGGACGACGUGGUGGAUAUUCCCUUUGAUAGAAUAUCAGACAUCAAUUUUUCCUUGAAUACAAAUGAGAGUGCGAAUAUGGCUCUGUUUGAGGCGUGCUGUAAGGAGAAGAUCCAGCAGUUUGAGGACACAGGCUCAGAUGAGGAGGACAUAUGGGAUGAGAAGGACGUGACGUUUGCGCCCGAAGCUCAGAGACGCUCCAGGAGCUCAGGCAGUACAGACAGUGAGGAGAGUACAGACUCUGAGGAAGAGGAUGUGAAGAGAGACCAAUUUGAGGCGUCUAACCCUCCGGCUGAUGACCGUAUGGAAGUGGACAGUGGAGAAGGCCCCACCUGGACAGCCAAUUUUGAUGACGUACCCAUGGAAACGGGAGGCUCGCUGGCUCCAUCCUCCUCUUCUCCCUCCACAUGGAGCACGCCUACCAACACUGUCGCUACGGAAACGGGCUGGGCCAACUUCUCCAGCUUCACGCCAGUCAGCCCCAAAGACCCCCUGAGGAGCAGCUCCCCAGUUGCCAUGGAGACGAGUGCAGAGCCCGCAGACCCUCUGGGCGUUAACACGUCUGCAGGAACCUCUCAGUGGGACGCAUCUCCAACUGCUCAGUCCAGAGGUUGUGAUGUGGAUGAGGAGGCAGCGGGGGACCGCAUCACUGAGACGGUCACUAACGGCUCUAUGAAGGAAACACUCAGCCUUACUGUAGAUGCCAAAACUGAAACUGCUGUGUUCAAGAGAGUGUUGAAAUCCUAUGGUGAGGAGGGGAACACGUCUACCUCUGAAGACACAUCUGCCAAGUACGCAGUGAGCAACAGCGAGGGGGAGAGUAACGAGACCAUGAAUAACUGCCCCAAAUCAGGUGUAAAGCAUGUAGAAGAGAAAACAAAAGCUAGUGAGGUUCUCAACGGUCCUCUGGAGAACGCAGCAUCCAUGGAGGAAGCCAAGACAGAGCAGUGUGUGUCCGAGGCAGCGGUGGUGAACGGCCCAGUGUGAUUGGACACGGUGGAUCAGGUGACCAGGACCAGCAAUAUUGAGUUAAACAGAACCUGUACAGAACCUCGGCCUGUAUGAAGAGGACAUUAAACACCACAAUGAUCUUUUUCCCUUUUGCAUUCGUUUCUACACCUUCUUCUUCUUCUUGUUCUUCUUCUUCUUGUUCUUCUUCUUCUUCUCUGAGGUGAUCUGUCCGAUAUCUCGCCACUCAAACGUUAACAGUACUGUUGCUAUAGUUACAAAGGAUUGUAUGAAUAAAAAUAUUUUAUAAAAGAGAAAUGUUAUUACAUAUGCCGUAAACUAAUUGGAACAUGUCGUGUGACCAAAAACACAGAAGCUGAUGAUUAUUUUCUUGUGUUUUGUUUUUUUUUAAUGGGUUUUUUGUUUAUUUUGUUUUUGGUAUUUAAUUUCCAAGUAAAAAAAAAACAAUGACGGCGAUAACGCAAACAUGUAAAUCUCGUUUUAUUCACAAUGACAACAAUGAGGUGGAGGAGGAUUCCGGGGGUGCAUUUUAAAUCGGGGAACGGUUUAUUUUGUCACAGGUGUUAUAUUGUAAAUGUAUCUAGUGAGAUUUGAGCAGAACCUUUUGCUAUAGUUUUUAACUUAUUGAGGCCGUGCUGUAAAUCUUCCCUCUAAAGUGUAAAACCCUGAAGCUCAGGUGGAGUCCAGUUGCAUGUAGCGAACGAUUGCCACACACACACACACACACACACACACACACAGAUGUCCUGUUGAGGAAAAAAGGAAACAAAUCCACCACGUUUUUCUGCGAGUGGAAUUUUUUUUUUUUAUGUGUCAAGGCGCCGGUCCAGAUUCCUCACAGCGCUUCAUGCAUCACCAGGCUCUUUUUUUGUUUUGUUUUGUUUUUUUGUUUAUCUUUUUUUUUCCAUCUUUUUUAAAAAUAAAAUGCUAUCUUUACCAGCAA